AUGCACAAGCCUCAACAGAACCCAGCAGACAGCCUUUGUCGUCCCGCCAGGCGGCAGUCGGCUGACCUUGAACUGUGGUGGCAGUCGACUGCCGCCGACAUGAAGAUGGGCAGGGCCCCAUUUCCUCCCCAGCAGGAGAGGACCCUGAGGGGGUAUGCCCAGGAUGUGGAAGCGAGGAGGGUUUUGUUGCCAGAGACCCUCCUCAACUCCUACUUUAUCGCGGGUCUCAACGUCCCUCCUCCCUUGCCUGAACGGGAGGGGCUGAUCCGACGCACGUUUUGUGAGGUCGUGGACCAGUUGUGUCGGGAGGAGCUUCAGGUUCCCACCAGGGCUUUACCAUCUGCCACGCUGCCAUCUAUCCCGGAGGGACUUAUCUUGGGAGUGUUGGCGCCCGGCGACCCAGAACGUUCCCCUCCAGCCCCAGAGAGCUCCUCCCCACCAAUGUCGCUUCGUGGUAAGCGUGAGAGGAGGGUAUCAUGGGAGUCGCCUGCUCCCACCACUGUCCUCACCUCACCUGCCACAGCAUCUGCGCCACGCCCGAGAAGGAAAAAGAAGAGGAGGGGGUUAACUUCACUGCCGGCGCAGCCUCUGCCUCAGUGUGCGCAGCCACCGCUGCAGCCCCUGCCGUCUGCGCAGCCACCGCUGCAGCCCCUGCCGUCUGCGCAGCCACCGCUGCAGCCCCUGCCGUCUGCGCAGCCACCGCUGCAGCCCCUGCCGUCUGCGCAGCCACCGCUGCAGCCCCUGCCGUCUGCGCAGCCAACCACAGCGCCCCCUGUCACGGACUUUGUUUUGUCUCCGCUGCCGAACGCAGCGCCCCCUGUCACGGACUUUGUUUUGUCUCCGCUGCCGGACGCAGCGCCCCCUGUCACGGUCCCUGUCUCGUCUCCGCUGCCGGACGCAGCGCCCCCUGUCACGGUCCCUGUCUCGUCUCCGCUGCCUGACGCAGCGCCCCCUGUCACUGACCCUGUCACUGUCUCGUCUCCGCUGCCGGACGCAGCGCCCCCUGUCACUGACCCUGUCACUGUCUCGUCUCCGCUGCCGGACGCAGCGCCCCCUGUCACUGUCUCGUCUCCGCUGCCGGACGCAGCGCCCCCUGUCACUGUCUCGUCUCCGCUGCCGGACGCAGCGCCCCCUGUCACUGUCUCGUCUCCGCUGCCGGACGCAGCGCCCCCUGUCUCUGUUCCUGUCUCGUCUCCGCUGCCGGACGCAGCGCCCCCUGUCUCACCGGCUCCUUCUGUUGCUUCCUACCCUGCACUGUCGUCCUGUUCGUCCGCCUGGUCCCCUGCCACUGUCUCCAUGUCCUCCCUGAACUCUCUCCUCUACCCAGUAAAUCCUGGCUCACCCCCGUCUGCUCCCUUGUCUACCCCUACCAUGCCCUGGAACCCUGCCUUGCCUCCGUUUGUACCCCCUACCAAGUCUGCUUCCCCUACCAAGCCUGCUGUCUCCAAGAACCCCACCAAGCCCACCCGGACUCCUCGUCCCAAGCCCUCAACUACCCCUGAACCCAAGACUCCUUCCCCACCUAGUCCCACCCAGCCUGGACCACCACCUGUGAACUCUGUUUUGCCUCCGCCCCCCCUCCCUUGUUUGUUGUUUUUAUUAUGUCACCCCAACCCCUUUGUAGUGUACUCUUGUCUGCCCCUGUGUUUAUUUGUCAUGUGUUCUUGGUUUCUGUCUGUCAGUCUGUCUUGUCCCGUGUCUAGUGUUCCCCUGGGAAGCGUCUGGAAGCCGCUCCUUUAGGGGGGGAUUCUGUCAUGGUUCUGCCAUCUUGUCCUUUGUUUAAUCUAGUCUUGUGGCAGAAUCAUGACAGACCCAUGUUUUGUGUGGGUUCACGUGGUCUUAGUAUUGGUUUACUGGACCACGUGUUCCCUGUGUCUUGUCUCUUUUACCCCGCUCCCUUGUCAUCCUCCUCAUUAUUGUUUGAUUUAUAUCACCUGUUCCCCUCUUGAUUUGUUACCCUAUUUAAUCCUCUUGUAUUCAUUGUCCUGGGCUUGUGCAUUGUUCCAAAGUCCUGUAAGUACGCUGU